UGGUGGGCAGGCUGUGGCCUCGCCUUGCUCAUCGCUUCCUCUGCCAGGCACCUGCACAGCGGUGUUUUUUUGGUAGUCAGAGCUCUCAGGUGAGCGAACUGGAGAAGAUGCAGGCAGCUAUGCGAAAAUCCAAGCCUUGAAAUCCAAGAGGGGAAGAGGUGACAGAGUGGGGACCUUAACUGACAGUGUAUAUGCUAGUCUGUCACCGAAUGUGGCAAAUGACCCAGCUUUGUGAGUUGAUCAAUAAAAGCGGAGAACUGCUAGCAAAAAAUCUCUCCCAUCUGGAUACAGUGCUUGGUGCCCUGGAUGUGCAGGAACAUUCAUUAGGUGUUCUUGCUGUCUUGUUUGUGAAGUUUUCUAUGCCCAGCAUCCCUGACUUCGAAACAUUAUUCUCACAGGUGCAGCUUUUUAUCAGCACUUGUAAUGGGGAACACAUUAGAUAUGCAACAGACACUUUUGCUGGCCUAUGCCACCAGUUAACAAAUGCCCUUGUGGAAAGAAAACAGCCCCUGCGAGGAAUUAGCAUUCUCAGACAAGCCAUAGACAAGAUGCAGAUGAACACAAACCAGCUGACCUCAAUACAUGCAGAUCUCUGCCAGCUCUGUUUGUUAGCAAAAUGCUUUAAACCUGCCCUCCCAUAUCUAGAUGUGGACAUGAUGGAUAUUUGUAAAGAGAACGGGGCGUAUGAUGCAAAGCACUUUUUAUGUUACUACUAUUACGGUGGGAUGAUAUACACUGGGCUAAAGAACUUUGAAAGAGCACUCUACUUUUAUGAACAGGCAAUAACUACUCCAGCCAUGGCAGUCAGUCAUAUUAUGUUGGAGUCGUAUAAAAAGUAUAUUCUAGUUUCUUUGAUACUACUUGGCAAAGUUCAACAGCUACCAAAAUACACUUCCCAGAUAGUUGGUAGAUUCAUUAAGCCCCUUAGCAAUGCCUACCAUGAAUUAGCACAAGUUUAUUCAACCAAUAAACCCUCAGAGCUUCGAAAUCUGGUGAACAAACACAGUGAAACAUUCACAAGGGAUAACAAUAUGGGGCUGGUUAAGCAAUGCUUGUCAUCUCUUUACAAAAAGAAUAUUCAAAGGCUAACCAAGACAUUUCUUACAUUAUCAUUACAAGAUAUGGCAAGUCGAGUGCAGUUGUCGGGACCCCAAGAAGCAGAAAAGUAUGUCCUUCACAUGAUAGAAGAUGGUGAAAUCUUUGCAAGUAUUAAUCAGAAAGAUGGUAUGGUCUGUUUCCACGAUAAUCCUGAAAAAUAUAACAAUCCAGCUAUGCUUCAUAACAUUGAUCAGGAGAUGCUGAAAUGUAUAGAGCUUGAUGAACGACUGAAAGCCAUGGAUCAAGAGAUCACUGUGAACCCUCAGUUUGUGCAGAAGAGUAUGGGAUCUCAAGAAGAUGACUCAGGGACCAAACCAUCCAGUUAUUCCUGAAAUUAAUGUUGCUCACCACUCCGCUUUCAAGCAAAAGCUUAAGAGAAUCGCGCCUGGAUUAGGGCAUUGAGGAGUUCCAUGAAGAGAGCAGAGAGAACUGAGCUUUGCUUUUCACCUGGACAUUAAGAAAAUAAAAGAACACCCUCAGUACUGUAUAAUUUCAGAAAUAUUCUCUGCAAAGAAAAAGGAAAUCUCAAAAGAAACUUAAGUCUGUUGUGGAUUUAUUUAUCUUCAGAUUAACAUCGUUAAUGCAUUAAAUAAUCUACCUUUUGUUUUAAAGGGUUUGAAUGUUGCUGUGUUUCUGUAGCAGUCCUUUUCCUCUUCUGCAAAAAAGUGUUUAUUCAGGGAAGAAUACAAGCUAGUGUUGGUUCACUUACCGAGAAUUACUGGUUCAUUAUUUUGUAUUUGAAGUUGGCUGCAAGUGCAGAUUCAUCAUAUGUAUGGUGGGGGAGGAGUGGAAAAUCUGAGUAAAACUCUCUACGUUUAUAAGCUGCGUAUGUCCUGUGUAGUUGGCUGCUGUCUAGUAAAUGAUGAAAUAAGAACCGUGUUCUUCUCGAAAAGGUGAGCGUAUUAAUUGAGUCCUUGUAAGGUGGUUUUCUUGAAAUGCAGAAACACUGUAGGGCAUCUAUAUAUGACAGCUAUUUAUGAUUUUUUUUAAGUUCUGGUACAAAGUAUUUCCUAAUAAUGUUUGCUAUUAGAUCAAAUUUCUUGGGCCUAAACAAAAGGAUAUUUAGAAGACCCUGGUGUUCUGGGGGAUGCUGGAAAUGAAGUUCUUCACACUGAAAGAACUCUUGCUCCUAUACAAUAUGGCAUAAAGAAGUUUUUAUUCAACCAUCUGAUACUUUUCUGUGUUGGAAAUCAGUCUAAGUGAAGGCCAUGCUACAGAUCUUUUCUUUGUUUCCAAAGAAAUUCUUUAUGAUAGAAUCCUACACAGCUCUCCUAAAAGCAGGGUUCUAUUUGGAAAUAACGUGCUAGAAUAACAUCUGUUUUCUUAAAUCACUAUGUCAAACAUCACAGUGUUGUCACUGGAUUCCUUAAGUGCUUUGCUCUUUGAAUCAAUGGGCUCUUUUUCUGUAGCUCCUAAUGUAUUUGAAGAUCAUUAUUGUUCAAGCAUCUUUGAAACGCUUCAUGUCAGUGCAAAUCUCCUGCUAUCAGACAUAAAUAAACCUGCCAUGAAGUCAGAA